UACAUAUAUAUUAUAUAUGAAAAAGUAUAAUAUAUAUAUAUUAUACAUACAUUGGGAUUGGUGAGAAUAUACGGUUUUUUCGCUUUGGAGUGUUAUUUUCUGAAAAUAUUGAACAAAAUAUGGAAAAAAAAAUUAAUAAAACCAAUGAGUAAAAACAAAACAAAGACCGUCUACGUGUUGAUUUUUUUUUUCAUUCUCACCCGAUGUACGACACGCCGUCAACGACGAACGAUUCUUCCUGUUGGAUGUUGGAUUUUGCAAUUGCAUUCACAUCGCUGGAAUGCACAGGUGUGAGUAUUGGGACGCGAAUAACUUUAUAUGACGCGUAACCUGGUUUUUUUUUCAAUACACGAAAUUAUCUAACACAUCGAGCUCUGAAAGGGAUUCAACAUUCGAAAGAAUGUAUACGUUUAUUGAUUUUGUCAUUAAUGCAAACGUUACUACAUCGUAACAGUAAUAAUUCUGGAACUUUGCAUUUCUAUUCGACGUUUAUUAAAAGUACAGAUGUCUGAAAGAAAUAUUUAUAUGCCGACUCUUCCAAGUACUUUUAACAGUCUCGUCGGGAAAAAGGUGAAGAUUGAGACGGAUGAACCGCAAUAUCUCAUUGAAUUGCUAGGUAGUCUUCUGGGAGUGACAGACUACAAAACCAACAAAGCCGCUUUCUGGUUUUUGGACACUAUAGCACUUCAAGUUUUACGCUAUAAAAAUUGUUUAGAUGAUCAUCAUAGAAGUGUCUUAAUUAGUUGGUUGGCUGGUGAAAUGAAAUUAAUUCGAGAUAAAAAGUUCUCACGCGAAGAUUUUUUCAAAAAAAUGAGAAUAUUUUUUGUAUAUGUUGCUGAGAAUAUAUCUAGUGGCAAUGAAUUGUUGCAUUGGGAAUUAAUUGUGGAUAAAUGUCCCAAAAUAUCAACAAAUUUCAUUGAUGAGUCUCUCAGGAGUGGAAUGGAAUAUUUAAUCACGAAUAAAUUAUUUAAUAAGAAAUUAGUGUCGGAAAAUAAUACGGUUCAAGAAAUCGAAUCUUCAUUAAUCGAGAAAAAUUCAAGAGAUUCUGAAAAUAGUAACAAACAUUUGCAACAGUCGUCAAAAAACUUUCAAACUUCAUUAAACAUCAAGAAUUCGCAAAUAGAUACAUUUAUAGAUGCAAAUGUGGUCAUUGAAUCUUCUAAUUUAACACAUUUAAACAUUGCAUUGAAUACAAUUAUUGAAGCGACGUACAACAUGUAUGCUAAUGAAUUACGGUAUGCUCUUAUAUAUGCAGUUUUCGUAACACCAAUACAAAUCUAUCACAUGCCGCGAUCUCUUCAAACACUACGCCAUAAGAUUUCGGAUUCUGAAGAGUCGUUUAACAUACAGCUUCGUGAGCGUUUGGAAAAAUUUUCUAUGAAUUGACAAUUGAUAACGGUAAAAAACAUAAAGAAAAGAAGACAACAAACAAUGAUAAGGAGCGAGAAGUUAAGAAGGAUUUAAGUAUAGAAAUUCCUCCAACACCACCAACUUUCUUGACUGACGAAGAAAUAUUAAUCAACAAUUGUCAAUUUACUUAAUAGAAACGGUUGAAGGAAGCGAUAUAAAUGGACAAUAUGCAUGCAAAGAAUAUGGAACAAGAAUAAAUGCAAAUACGAUUGAAAAAAUAUAAUUUGGAGAGAUUUUAUCUCGUAUCGUUGAAUAUAUUAUAAUAAUAUACAUAUAAAAUGCAAUGUCAUUCUGUUCUGUCUGUAAUUAUCGCUGUGCCCCAUUCGUGACAUUUAAACUUUUUCACUGCUUUAAACUCUAAUGGUUGGAUAUUUAAUUUAAUAAAAUUAUAUGUAUUUUCAAAGUCCUGCUGAACUUUCCCUAAUUGGCCAUACUUGUUAGUGCCGCAGCCCCAAAAAGAACCGUCCUCUGAAAGAAGAAAUAAAAACAAAUCAUUUUUUUCCUUGGAAAUAUAAUUCUUACUGUCAAGAUAAAAUAAUAUUAACAAAUGUACAUUAUACCUGUUAAGCAUAUAGUAAAAGAAGUUCCGCAUUCAA